GUACCAAAGCCUAGCCUAAAGAAUGAAUUGAGGUAUGCCUGGGCUCGAGGGGACGGAAAAUAGGGAAGGGGUUUGGGCCAGAGGAAGUGAGCCAAAUGGACUUCAGUUGAAAAAGCCAGUUGCGGAAGUAGUAGGCGAAGCGACUGGAAAACCUCAGAAUGACUUAGAAAUGAGCAGAAUGGAUGAAGACGCCAUGUCUAAAGAAAGUAUUUUUGUUGCAGAAAGUGAGCCUGAAAUCGAUCCUCAGCCAGAAGCGCCAUCCGCGGACGAGGAAACCAUACUUAUAAAUGUGGGAGGACAGAUUUUUGAGACUUACAUCUCAACCCUGAACCGUUUAUCAUGCAGGUGUAAGCUCGCAGACGAGGUCUUCCUGAGAGGACAUUUUCGCGCGGCUCACGGCGAUUUCUUUUUCGACAGGGACCCCGAUACCUUCAAGUGUGUGCUCAAUCUUCUACGAACUGGGCAACUCCAUGUUCCCACGCACAUCUGUUGUCCCGCUAUCACAACGGAGCUAAAGUACUGGGGUGUGGACGAUUCAGAAAUAGAGAGGUGCUGUUGGGGGUAUUAUAAUUCAUGGAACAACCAGAGUAAAGCUUUGGGGCAACUUGAGAAAGACAUUUACUCGACCGCCAUUGUUCACUGCAUAAACGAGGCUACAGCGUCGCGAUGGCAACAGGUAAAGGCGAAGGUGUGGAACUUCUUGGAUAACCCGGCUUCGUCUCGAGCUGCCAAGGCAUACACCUGGAUUUCCAUUCUCGUCGUCAUCGUCUCUAUAUUCACCUUCUGCGCAGAGACUCACCCAGUCUUCCAGGUGGCCCAAGAAGAUGACAUUCUGCCGGAGUAUCCGAUCAUGACUGACAGGCGCAUUGUUGAGGUUAAACGGCAACAGUCCAAUCCGGACACUCCGGCCAGCACGAGUAAAAUCGGUGCUGGAAACAGCUCUGAUGUGAACAGUGCGCAUGCUCGCCCGCAAAUGGUUCCACAUCCAUCUCUUACCAUUAUAGAUUUCGUGUGUCUGUUUUUCUUUACAAUGGAAUUCUUGCUCAGGGUGUUAUCUUCUCCCGCCAAACUCAGUUUCAUGCUUUCCCCGCUGAAUAUCAUCGACUUCAUCGCCAUUCUGCCAGAUUAUGUGGAACUGAUCAUCAUAAGCUUUAAUCCGGCAGAAAGAAACACCGGCAGUUUUGUUGACUUUAUUUUUAUUUUACGAAUAAUUCGAAUUUUCAGAAUUCUACGGCUUAUUAGACACGUUCCAGGCCUCUGGAUUCUGCUUUUCACAGUAAGGGCGAGUUUUAACGAACUGCUUCUUAUGGCAGUGUUCUUGGUGAUCGGCAUGGUGGUGUUCGCCGCUCUGAUUUACUACGCCGAGAGAACUCCCGACACAGACUUCAAGAACAUCCCGAUUGGUUUCUGGUGGAGCCUUGUCACCAUGACAACGGUGGGGUAUGGCGACAUGAUACCCAAAACCGGUCUUGGUUACCUGGUCGGUUCUUUUUGUACUCUGGUCGGACUACUUAUGUUGGCAUUCACUUUGCCAAUAAUUGUAGGGAACUUUGUGCUCUACUAUACACACAUCCAGUAUAUCAUCAGCAAAAGGAACAAAAUUCAAAACAAGUCAGAGGAAACCGUGUUGCGCUAAAAAUGUUCGGGGAACCACGGGUCUUUCCUGCAGAUGUUCACGCCUCUGGGAAACCACCGAGAGUGAAUGGGCCGUGAAUCCAUGCGUGUGUGCGUCGACAUAGUAGCUAUGCUAAUUAUAUAGUACUAAAGACGCUUUCUAACAUGGAAUCCAGGUAGAAUUUGCACGGAUGGCGGUACAGGAUAUUAGUGUAACUCUUUGCUCACUUCUGUAACACAUUUUUUCAAAGUGUUCAGUCCGAUGACUGGAAGUGCAAAUGACUGGAUGGUGCAUCCAAAACAGUAAGAGUAUUAAACUUCCAUUCCUUAAGAUGCGUACUCAGUGCAAUCUAGCCAUGAGUAAGCUUUGGGCAUAGCUAGAGGAUAAUCAUUUGUAUUAACCAUUGAGUGAAAAGUUGGCCUGUGAUCAUAAAUUUUUAUAUAAUAA